AUGUUUAGAAAAGUAGGUAACUAUUUUAAUAGCAAAACAAAUGAAACAAAAAAUGAAGUUAUUAGUAACUCAACGGAAUUAAACAAUAAAAAUGAUGAUACUAACAAUGCCGAACAUGAAAACCUAAAUAAAUCUGAUAAUAAAUUAAAUGACGAUACUAAAGAUAGCAAUAGUGAUAAUAAAAAAAAUAGUUCUGACCAAAUAAAUGAAAAUGAAGAAAAAAGCAGCAUAUUAGACAAAAAAACAAAUGCAGAUUUUCAAGAAAAAAUUAAAAUUAUUAAAGAAAAAUUAAAAUCAAAUGAAUUUAGAAAUGAGAAAGAAAGUGAUGAUAAAGAUAAGGGAAGUAAUAAGGACAUAAGUAGGGGACGGAAUAAGGACAAAGAAAGAAGCAGAGACAAUGAUAAAGAUAGGCGAAGGCACAAAGAGUUGCCAAGUAGUGAUGAUGAAAUACAUUCGUCCAAAAGAAAAAGAAGAAGUAAAGAAAGGAGGAGAGAUAAAAGUGUAGAAAGAAGAAGAAGAAAUAAAAGUAAAGAAAGAAGCAGAGGGAGAAGUAGAUAUAAAAGAAGCAAAGAUGAUAGUAGGAAUAUAAGUAAUAGUAGGAGUGAUAGUGAUCAUGAACGGAAUCAUUAUCAUAAAUCAAAAAAAAGCAAAAAAUAUAAAAGCUCGUGGGAUAAUAGUGAUAAGAAUUAUUCUGAUGACAGCACAAAAGAGAGAAAAAAAAAUACACGUGAUAAAAAUGAUAUAUCAAUGCCAGAAGAAGAUACUAAAAAAGAAAAUAAAGAAAUAAAACCUAAAAAAAAAAAAUCCAAAUGGGAUACGGUUGAUGAAAGUUUACUAAAAAAUAAUAUUUUAAUAGAUAGUAAUAACUUAAGUGGUGUAUUACAAUAUCAGCGUCUAGGCUUAAAUGGAAAUUUAUUACAAGGUAAUAAAGGAUCACAGUUAAGUAGAAAUUCAUAUGAAUUAGAAGGAGAUAAAAAGCAGAGGAAAUUAUAUAUAGGUAAUUUACCUCCUAAUUCUAAGCAAGAAGAAAUAGUAGAAUUUUUUAACAACACUAUAUCUUCAAUAAUAAAAGGCUCAAGUUUAGAAGUAAAAAUUGGAGAUGUUCAAUUAUUACCAGUAGUAAAAUGUGAAAUAUUUAAUGCAGAUUCUAGAUUCUGUUUUCUAGAAUUUAGAACAAUGGAUAUUACAUGGUUAUGCUUAAAAUUAGAUUCAAUGUCUUAUAAUAAUUAUUGUUUGCGAAUAAAUAGGCCCCAUGAUUAUAUGCCUCCCCCUGAAGGGGACCCCGCUUUAACAGUUGUAUUCCCAGAUAUUGAUAUGGGAUUACUUGAAAGUUUUAAGCCACCUAAAAUAGCACCAGUAAGAAGUACAGGAGAUGAUGAUAAUAAAUUAUACAUACAAAAUUUACCACAUGAUUUAAAAGAUGAUCAAAUAAUGGAUCUAUUAGGGCAAUUUGGAAAAUUAAAAGGAUUUAAUAUUAUUAAAGAUCUAAAUACUGGAUUAAAUAAAGGUUAUGGUUUUUUUGAAUAUGAAGAUAGUAGUUGCACACAAGUUGCUAUACACGCUUUAAAUGGUUUUGUAUGUGGAAAAAACAUUCUUAAUGUUAAAAAAGCGACUUUUAAUAAAAAUUCAAAUAAUGCCCCCAAUUCAAAUAAUAUAGUUUUAGCUAAUAACGUAGACGUCCCUGUCUCAUUAUUACCAAAUUCUAUUUCUCAAAAAAUUUUAAGUAAUUCAAUAAUAGGUUUACAAAUUCAAGCGUCCAGAAAGAUUGGAGAAAAGUCAUCAAGAGUAAUUCAGCUAACUAAUGCUGUAUUCCAAGAGGAUUUAAUUAUUGAUAGCCAAUAUGACGAAAUAUUAAAAGAUGUAAAAGAAGAAGCUGAAAAAUAUGGACCUUUACAAAGUAUUGUAAUCCCAAAGCCUAACACCGAUUUAUCUUAUACAGAAGGAGUAGGAAAAAUAUUUCUUCAUUAUGUUGACGAAACAGCUGCAAGAAAAGCUCAAUAUAUGUUUAAUGGCCGACUAUUUGAAAAACGAGUGGUUUGCGCUUCUUUUUAUUCGGAAGAAAAGUUUUUGAAGGGAAAAUAUGUCUUAUCAUAA